AUGAUUAUUGAAGGUGAAUUAGGAGGACUCAGUGUGAUCGCAAAGACUUUCGAGAAAUCUACCGAAGGCACUCUCCGAUACCGUGUCCGUCUGCGAAGAUUACAACCAUUUCCCAGUGCCUUUGGUCUGGAUGUUCGUCUAAUUGGAGGACCUGACAGCUACAGUGGUCGAGUAGAGGUUCGUCAUGAUGGUGUCUGGGGUACUGUCUGUGAUGACGGGUGGGAUAUUCAAGAUGCAACAGUCGUCUGUAGAAUGCUUGGCUUUGAGUACGCAUCGAUGUCCACUGGUUAUGCAUCAUAUGGCGAAGGCUCAGACAGCAUCUUCCUGGAUAAUGUCCACUGCAGUGGAUUGGAGACCGAUCUAGGAGAGUGCAAUCCAGAUCUGCAAGUUCGUCUAGUUAGUGGACAAACCGCCUUGGAAGGUCUCGUUGAGGUGUUCUUUAACGGUUCUUGGGGAACGGUUUGCGACGAUCUUUGGGACUUGAACGACGCCAGAAUAGUAUGCAGAAUGCUUGGCUUUCAGACCACAUUGAGAGCAGUCACGAACGCUGAAUACGGUGAAGGUUCUGGAAGCAUCAUUCUUGAUAAUGUCAGAUGCCUUGGGACAGAAAGCAACCUUGCUGAAUGCUCCCACAAUGGAUAUGGGAUUAAUGAUUGUGGACAUAGUGAAGACGCUGGUGCUGUCUGCGCUCAUGAGAAUCCUCCUCUUGAAGUUCGCCUCGCAGAUGGCCCAAACUCCAGAGAAGGCAGAGUUGAGGUGCUAUACGAAGGCUCCUGGGGUACAAUCUGUGAUGACUACUGGGAUUCGAAGGAUGCCAAGGUUGUUUGUAGAAUGCUUGGUUUUAACGGGGCAUUGAGUGUACCACGUCGAAGCGCCGCCUACGGCCAAGGUUCUGGCCCCAUUCUCCUUGAUAACGUCGCAUGUUUCGGAACAGAAAACAGCUUGGCAGAAUGCUCUCAUAGAGGCUUUGGAGUUCACGACUGUGGCCAUGCAGAAGAUGCUGCUGUGCUCUGCUCUAUCGAAGGCACCACAAGUGAGCUUUUUGAAGUUCGUCUUGUCGAUGGAAGAAGCAAGAAUGAAGGAAGGGUUGAGAUGUUCUACAACACAUCCUGGGUGAUAUUGUGUGGUGCUGGAUGGGGCCGGAGAGAAGCCGACGUGGUCUGUAGAAUGCUGGGGUUCACGGAUGCUUCAGAUGUGCUACAUAAUGCAGCAUUCGGUGAAGGAAUCGGAAUGGUCUCCCUGGAAGGUAUCUCCUGUCUUGGAUCAGAGAACAGCCUGCUUGCCUGUACCUUCACAUCUUUAGAACCGAACAGCUGUCCAAGCAGUCAGGACGUCGGAGUCAUGUGCAAAGGUACAGGAGCUCUGAUAUCGAAUGCCAAAUUUGACCCAACAACCACAUUGGGACAUCCAGAACAUGGCUCUCAGUGUCCGACUGUUAAUUCAGUGUCUUCCGCUGAAAACAGUCGAACACUCUCACCUGUCUCAAUAGUACUUGGAGCAAUCUUGGCGGCGUCGUAUGCACUGUUCCUGCUGUUAGGCCUCUAUGGGUCCCAUCGACUUAGAAAGCUGGAAAGGAUGACGGUUAAUGACUCGAGUGAACAGCCUACUUCAAAGGGAACAGGUUCUCCUGAAGCAGCAUCAGCGCACCUGAAUCUCACCUCACCUUCUAGGAAGUCCACAGAGACCCUUGGAAAGAAAGCUCCUCGUGAACUGAUAUACAUGAACUUGGAGGUACCAGAGAACACCAUUGGAGGAGACCAGGUUUACACAGAUCUGUCGUUUAAAAAGGGCAGUGAACAGGAAGGUCCCAGUCGCGAGUAUAAAGCUCCCAUGAAGCCGCCAGUUGGUCGCAAGCCUAAAUCUGGGAGGCUUGGAUCUCUAGAUAGACCUGACCCCUCACCCUUGACCCAACAUGACCCCAUAUAUAAUGAAUGUUAUUGA